UUGUGUGAACAUUCAACUACAGCAGCAAUGUUGGCUCAUUUACAGUGAGCAAAUUCCUCCUGGUUGAUUAACUCGUUCUGUCAUCAGCUCUUCCUCCUGGAAACCAUGACGAUUAAGAAGAUGUGUCGCAGGAUGACAAACCAGGCGACGGCAAACCAGUCCAACGCAAACAAGGCCAAGGAGAAAGAGGAGAGCCAGCGAGAUGACAACACGGAGGUUGCGUAUAAAGACGCCGGCCACUGCAGCCGCGACACCCACAACCUGCUGCUGGGACUCACUGUCAUGGGGGUCGUCAUGGGCGCGGUGUUUGGGAUGCUGCUCCGCUACACAAAGGUGACAGACACCAACACGCUCACUAUGGUCUCCUUCCCCGGAGAAAUCCUCAUGAGGAUGCUGAAGAUGCUCAUCCUGCCGCUCAUCAUCUCCAGUCUCAUCACAGGACUGGCUGGUUUAGACGCCCGCUCCAGUGGCAGGAUGGGCAGUAGAGCCAUGGUCUACUACAUGUCCACCACUGUCAUUGCUGCCGUCCUCGGGGUCAUCCUGGUGUUGGGAAUCCACCCAGGGAACCCCAAACUGAGGGGGGGCAGCACGUCGAGCCAAGCCCCAAGGAACCAGGAGGUCAGCAGUCUGGAUGCCUUCCUCGACCUGAUCCGGAACCUCUUCCCUGAGAACCUGGUGCAGGCCUGCUUCCAACAGGUUCAGACGGUGGCGAAAACAGUGUCCGUUCCUGCACCGAACCAGACUGAGCCCAUUCUAGUGAACAGGAAGAAACUGGAGUAUAAAUGGGGCAUGAACGUUCUUGGUUUGAUCGGCUUCUUCAUCACGUUUGGCAUCUGCAUGAGCAGGAUGGGCGAGCGGGGGAAGGUCAUGUGUGACUUCUUCAACAUCCUGAAUGAAAUCAUCAUGACGAUGGUCUCCAUGAUCAUGUGGUACUCUCCCGUCGGCAUCGCCUCUCUGAUCGCGGGAAAGAUCGCGGCCAUCGGGAACCUGGAGGUGGUGGCGCGGCAGCUGGGCAUGUACAUGGUGACCGUGAUCGUGGGCCUGGCCAUCCACGGCGGUUUGAUCCUCCCCGCCAUUUUCUUCGGCAUCACCAGGAAAAGCCCCUUCACAUUCUACUCUGGAAUCUUCCAGGCCUGGAUCACGGCGCUGGGCACGGCCAGCAGCGCCGGUACGUUGCCUGUCACCUUCCGCUGCCUGGAGGAGAACCUGAAGAUCGACAAGCGCGUGACUCGCUUCGUCCUGCCCAUCGGUGCCACCAUCAACAUGGACGGCACCGCGCUGUAUGAGGCCGUGGCGGCCAUCUUCAUCGCCCAGAUGAACGACAUCACCCUGGACGGUGGACAGAUUGUAACGGUCAGCAUGACCGCCACUCUGGCCAGCGUUGGCGCGGCCAGUAUUCCCAGUGCUGGACUGGUGACCAUGCUGUUGAUCCUGACGGCCGUCGGUUUGCCCACUCAGGACAUUAGUCUGCUGAUCGCCGUCGACUGGCUGCUUGACAGAAUGCGUACCUCCAUCAAUGUGGUGGGUGACUCGUUCGGUGCCGGCAUCGUGGACCACUUGUCCAAGGCGGAGCUCGCCGAAAUUGACGCAGCGGAAAUGCAAAUACUCCCGCCAAUGGAGGAGCUAGAUUUCAUCCCACCACCGCCGAUCCUCACAGAGUUGGACCUCAUGGACCCUCUGAAACCGCCCGAGCUGCCGCCGCGCUCCCCCCGCCCACCCAAACAGAACCACCACGGGCACAUCCUCUCCCACUCCCCGCCAGUCGCUUAUUCGCCAUCCCCUUCUGUCUGCUCCCCGUCACCCCGCUCCAUUCGCUCCCCCUCUCCGCGCUCUGUAUGCUCCCAUUCUCCCCGCCCCUUCCGCACUCAUUCGCCGUGCGUCCUCCACAGGUCAGAGUCGGGCUACUGUCCUCUGCCCAGCCAUGAAAACCAGAUUCCCACGCUGCCUCGCUGCUACAGGGAGAGAGAGAGGGAGCGGGAGCGGCGGCGACUGACGAGAGAGAGUGAAACCGAGGAGGACGAGGAGAGGGUUUUCGGUGGUGAAGUGAGCGACGGCGAGGAGAGCGAUGACACGGCGUAUGACCGGAGACAUGCCAUCCCACCGGCGGACCUGCCAUGAUCAGAUUUUACCGCCAGAUGAAAGCUUCCCCUGCCAAAUUGUUUCAGUUUCCACGACACAUCCUCCCCCACUUUAGCACACACAGCUCUGCCAUGUCAGCCAGUGGACGUCCACUGUGGAUCUCUGGUCAUUUAUAUCAAUUUUAUCUGGGUCAGAAUUGAUUAAUAACUUGAUUAACAAGGCAAUCAGAGAUGGCAGACUUCACCCCAUUCACACAACAAGUCUCU